AGACCUAGGCGUCCUCAGUAACCCCGACGUGGGGCACCUUCGCCGAACUCUGGAGCCUGCUGCCGGGCCCUCAACUGACUCCUGACACCCACUAUUCUGUACGAAAAUCUAAGAAUCUGGCCUGAGACUACAAGUCCACUCAGACCAGACACCGUCGUCAAAUCUGCUGUGAGCCAAUAUCUCUAGAUGCUCCGUAGGUUCUACGCGCCCCAUGUGUUAAUAGCAGCCACACUUCCGGCCUCUGUGUAACCAGGGACUCGAGUAGGCCACCCUUCCGGCUACCCCGACGCUCAUUCGUCAAUCCUGCGACCGCAUUCGCGUUACCGACCUAUCACAGUCUAAGUCUGAAGCCGCGCCUCUCACCUCAACCAAUCAAAACUAAAUCCUGAGUCUGAACCCUAAAUGCCACACUUCCUGUAUCGCUUAAAGCCACACUUCUCCCGACAACCACAUCUGUCUAGGUAACGGGCCAAUCAAGGCUGGCGCACUUUCAAAACCUUAAUUUCGAUGUCCAUCCUCCCUUCUGAUCUCUAAACUAUCACUUCGUCCCAGAGCCAGAUUUGAUUCUCUAGUAAAUGUAUUUCGGACUGAAAGCUGCACUUCCUGUCUCCAAUAUAUGGACAGGGUGGCGAGAAGACACACCAAUAAGGCCACCUUUCUAAAUCUGGAGCCCUCCUAACUAUUUGCAAAGGCACCCACAUUUUCCUUCCCCCUUCCCCUGCUUUGAGGACUGCGCAUGCUCCAAACUAUAUUUCCCACCGCAGGCCUAAAGGCGGGGUCACCGGGUCCUAAGGCGGGGUUACGCUCUAUCCCCCCCCUAGCCCCGCCCUUUGGGCUGGAGUGGGUGGUGCCGACUUCGGACCCCAAGGUUCCCCUUUGGCAGAGCGCCCCGCAGUCCUUCGUGGAAAGCGGCUCAGGCGGGGUGAUGGCUGCGACUCGAGCAGCGCCCCGCGCCCGAGAGAUCUUCUCCACGCUGGAGUACGGACCCGUCCCCGAGAGCCACGCAUGCGCACUGGCCUGGCUGGACACCCAGGACCGGCACUUGGGUCACUAUGUAAAUGGGAAGUGGUUAAAGCCAGAUCACAGGAAUUCAGUGCCUUGCCAGGACCCCAUCACAGGAGAGAACUUGGCCAGUUGCCUCCAGGCCCAGGCCGAGGAUGUUGCAGCAGCUGCAGAGGCAGCCAGGACUGUGUUGGAGAACUGGAGCAGACUCCCUGGAGCCUGUCGGGCCCAGCACCUGACCAGGCUGGCCAAGAUGAUCCAGAAGCACCAGCGGCUGCUGUGGACCCUGGAGUCUCUGGUUACUGGUCGGGCUGUUCGAGAGGUUCGAGACAGGGAUGUCCCACUGGCCCAGCAGCUGCUCCAGUACCAUGCAGUCCAGGCACACAGCCAGGAAGAGGUGCUGGCGGGCUGGGAGCCCAUGGGAGUAAUUGGUCUCAUCGUGCCACCCACAUUCUCCUUCCUUGAGAUGAUGUGGAGGAUUUGCCCUGCGCUGGCUGUGGGCUGCACUGUGGUGGUCCUCGUGCCCCCGGCCUCCCCAACGCCCCUCCUCCUGGCCCAGCUGGCAGGGGAGCUGGGCUCAUUCCCAGGAAUCCUCAACGUGAUCAGUGGCCCUACCUCCCUGGGACCAGUCCUGGCCUCCCAGCCGGGAGUCCAGAAGGUGGCCUUCUGUGGAGUCGUCGAGGAAGGACGUGCCCUUCGGCGGACCCUGGCGGGCAAGGGUCUCGAGCUGAGCCUGGCCCUGGGGGCUGAGUCGCUGCUGCUGGUGACGGAGGCAGCGGACGUGGACUCAGCCGUGGAGGGCGUUGUGGAUGCAGCCUGGUCCGACCGCAGCCCGGGGGGCCUCAGGCUUCUCAUCCAGGAGUCUGUGUGGGACGAGACCAUGAGACGGCUCCAGGCGCGGAUGGGGCGGCUGCGUGCUGGCCGAGGGCUGGACGGGGCCGUGGACAUGGGGGCCCGAGGGGCUGCCGCACGUGACCUGGCCCAGCGCUAUGUGCGCGAGGCCCAGAGCCAGGGCGCACAGGUGUUCCAGGCUGGCGAUGUACCCUCAGACAGCCCAUUCUAUCCCCCAACCUUGGUGUCUGACCUGCCCCCAGCCUCCCCAUGCACCCAGGCAGAGGUGCCGUGGCCUCUGGUGGUGGCCUCCCCAUUCCGCACAGCCAAGGAGGCACUGGCCAUGGCCAACGGGACGCCCCGAGGAGGCAGUGCCAGUGUGUGGAGCGAGAGGCUGGGGCCGGCCCUGGAGCUGGGCUACGGGCUCCGGAUGGGGACAGUCUGGAUCAAUGCCCACGGCCUCAGGGACCCUGCGGUGCCCAUGGGUGGCUGCAAAGAGAAUGGGUCUUCCUGGCACGGGGGCCCAGAUGGUCUGUAUGAGUACCUGCAGCCCUCAGGGACCCCCGCCAGGCUGCCCCACCUUUCCGAGAAUCUCAACUAUGACACUUUUGGCCUUGCUGUCCCCUCCGCCCUUCCGGCUGGGCCUGAAACAGGGCCCAGCCCAGCACCCCCCUAUGGGCUUUUCGUGGGGGGCCGUUUCCAGGCUCCUGGGGCCCGGAGCUCCAGGCCCAUCCAGGAUUUGCAGGGCAAUCUCCAUAGCUAUGUGGCUGAGGGUGGAGCCAAGGAUAUCCGAGGUGCCGUGGAGGCCGCUCACCAGGCUGCCCCCAGCUGGGUGGGCCAGUCGCCAGGGGCCCGGGCAGCCGUGCUGUGGGCCCUGGCAGCCGCGCUGGAGCGCAGGGAGUCUGCCCUGGCCUCGAGGCUGGAGAGGCACGGAGUGGAGCUCAAGGUCGCCAAGGCGGAAGUGGAGCUGGGUGUGAGGCGGCUUCGGGCAUGGGGGGCCCGUGCCCAGGCCCAAGGCCACACCCUGCAGGUCGCAGAGCUGAGAGGCCCCGUGCUCCGGCUGCGGGAGCCGCUGGGCGUGCUGGCUAUCGUGUGCCCGGACGAGUGGCCCCUGCUCGCCUUCGUGUCCCUGCUGGCCCCUGCGCUGGCCCACGGCAACACUGUGGUCUUGGUGCCCAGCGGGGCCUGUCCCAUCCCUGCCUUGGAGGUCUGCCAGGAUAUGGCCACCUUGUUGCCUGCGGGCCUGGUGAACGUGGUGACAGGCGACCGUGACCACCUGACCCGCUGCCUGGCCUUGCACCAGGACGUCCAGGCCCUGUGGUAUUUCGGAUCUGUCCAGGGCUCCCAGUUUGUGGAGUGGGCCUCAGCAGGAAACUUGAAGCCGGUGUGGGUGAACAGGGGCCUCCCACGGGCCUGGGAUCAGGACGCUGAGGGGGCAGGCCCAGAGCUGGGGCUGCGGGCAGCACGGACCAAGGCCCUGUGGCUGCCCAUGGGGGACUGACGCCUGAGCACCACCACUCCAUCUUGGACGGAGGAGAGAUGGAUCCAAACCAACACCAGAUGCCUGAAACUUUCUUCUCAUGGUUCCGUGCUCUCUAAUACACCCUGACCAACCUUGGCUGUGCUUCUGAGGGGAGGGAGAGCAGGCAGCAACUUCUGGUCUAUUUGAGGCCAUUUUAGUUCUGACUCUCGGCAGCCCCGAGGGCUGGUUCCACUACAGCACAGAGUUUAUGAAACAGAUAAGGGGACCCUGGAAUCCACAGCCGGGGCCCUGGGGCCUCUCGUCUCUUCCGAUCUGCUCCAUCUGGCGGCGGCUGCUCUUUGCCUUUGUCUGCGUACACGUUGCCGCAGAAUCCAUAGUGUGCUGGUACGAAAUAAAAUGCAGUAGCUCUCUGGAAUAAAAUAAAAGCCCUGGUAAGUAA